AUGGACAGUGUCGGGUGGCAUGCCAGGCAGAAGGCGAAACGGGAAGAGGAGGGCGCGCGUAGUCCCCAGAGGGGCCCCGAUGGCCGUUUCCGACCGGUGGAGGAGAUAGGUCCCAUUGACGGAUCGUUUAUUGGUGGCUUUCGUGUGCCCGAGUCUCCUGGGUCGCCGUUCGCUAGCCCUCCUCCGCCAACUCCUCCGCCGAAAGAUGACUCUGGCCAUUACUUCGCCAAUGGACAACGUGCUUCAUCCUACGGGACGACAGCUCCUCAAUAUGAGGCUGGAGAUUCGCCCUUGCAUCACCUCGCUCGGAUGAGCGCUGUGGAACGAUCAAGGAAUUUGAAGGUCGCGCACAUGGAGCCGUAUCUUCAACUUAUGGCCGGCCCGCUACUGCGCUAUGACACCGUCGACAGGCAGGGUAUCUGGCGUGGGGCGGCGCUGAUCGUCACCGCGGAUGCCGGGUCCGACUAUGAUCCAAGCCCCAUCUUGACCUAUACUUGGGACCCGAUACGUCUAACACACCUGUCUCGUAAUGCGUCUCGCAAGUUCCGCAGUGGAUUGUCGAUGGAUCUAGGGCCUCACCCUGCUGACCCGCACUCUACAAGCCGGCCAGAUUACGACAGCAUCCCUGCUGGUCCAAAUGUCAUCACAAAACACAGUCACGGCCAAGAGAUCUAUGUGUAUGUUGGACACUCAGGUACUUUCACGUUCUGGCGUUUCAUGUUGGAGAUUCCUUUGGGGCAAAACGAAAUGAGCAUCACGUACAGCGUCAAUCGUGGUCUACCCCUCCACUUCUUCGUACCAGGCCGAACAGAAAACCUGCGUUGGGCAGCAUAUUCAUGUAACGGGUUCAGCUCAGGCGUGAAUGCGAAUGAUUUCUGCGGGCCUGGAUUCCACAGCGGGUAUGACCCAGUAUGGACCGAUCUCCUAGCUAAGCAUGCUGAACGGCCAUUCCAUGCUUUGGUGGGCGGUGGGGACCAGCUGUACUGUGACGGAGUCAUACGGGAACCGGAAAUGCAAGAAUGGGUGUCCUUGCCCAAGGGAGAGAAGAAACAGAACUUCCCGCUGAGUGAGGAAAUGCGGGUCGCGAUCGACCGAUUUUAUUUCAACCACUAUUGCCAUACGUUCAGAAGCGGAGCCUUUGCUAGAGCGAACUGCUCGAUCCCGAUGCUGAAUAUGCUUGAUGAUCAUGCUAUUGUUGGACCAUCCCAGCGUUCGCGACUUAUCGGCGACGAAAAGAUCGACGGAUUUGGUAGUUAUCCUGAUGAACUCAUGCUCUCAACUGUCUUUCGAACAAUCGGCUCGCGAGGAUAUUUCUUCUUCCUACUCUUCCAGUGCUUCAUCAAUAUGGAUAUGGAUGGCAGGGAUGAUCGACGACAUCCAUUCCAAUCACUUAUCAUCGGAGCGGACGGGCCAUUUAUACCAUUUCCCUCUCAUUCGUUUUUAACAUACCUCGGUCCUCAAGUGUGGAUGCUAUUGCUCGACUGCCGUGCGGAAAGGAAGCUUGACCAAGUCUGUAGCGAUCAGACAUACCGCAUAGUCUUUGGUCGGGUCAGCGCUAUGCCAGCGGGCGUAGAACACCUCAUUCUGCAGCUCGGAAUUCCUAUCGCAUAUCCUCGCAUGGUAUUUCUAGAGAACAUGUUGGAGUCAAAGAUGAACCCCUUGACUAUGUUGGGCCGGUCUGGGUCCUUGGGUCUCUCAGGAUUCGUCAACAAGUUCAACGCUGAUGCGGAGUUGCUUGACGAUUUGAAUGAUCACUGGACAGCAAAGGCGCAUAAGAAAGAGCGCAACUGGCUUGUGGAACAGAUGCAGGGAUAUGCUUUGACGAGACACUGUCGUGUCACGUUCCUCUCGGGAGACGUGCACUGCGGCGCGGUGGGUCUGUUCAAGACGUUGCGCCAACAGAAGGAGGCGGACAUCCCACCUCAGCUCGACCAUCGAUAUAUGCUUAAUGUUGUGUCCAGCGCAAUCGUCAAUACGCCUCCGCCCAACGCAGUCUUGACCAUGGUUGCGUCCUUGGCCACGAAAACACAUCGAACUCUACAUCGUAUUGCCACGGACGAGACGAUGGUGCCUCUGUUCGAGAAGGAGCCAAAUGGCCAGCCGGCGAAAAGCAAGUUUAUCAUGGGACGACGCAACUGGUGUGCGGUGUGGUGGGAAAACAACGGUGACCUCGUCUUCGACAUGCGGGUCGAAAUCGAGAAGGGCAUCGGACGAACUGCUAGGUAGCGCGGAUCUUGUGAUUUUCCUGACCACACACUGAUCAUCAUUAUCAGCUACGCUGUACGCGCACCGCCGCCUCGGUGGACAACGUCAUGAACCACACAACAAAUUCACUAUCGUACAAGAGCACUAACAAUUGAACACGCGUUUACGAUAAGUUAUUGUAGGGUAUCAUCGACGGCUCGUAGUCCGAAGUCCAAUGCUUUAUGUUUAGUAGUGCAGUUGAAAAGUUAAUACCGUAGCGUGUUUUCAUGUCA